UGCGCCUCAAUGAUGGUUUUCCAGCCGCGGCGAAAAGGAAAGGCAGAAGCGUAACUUCCGGGAUGUGAGACCCUCGCUGCCAGGCUGGACCGUGUCUGUGGAUAAUCACUCACGCUGGGAUUCAAAGCGCAGUUUGUGUGAGAGACUGAACAGAGCGGCUCUUUCUAUGCGUUUACGCUGCUAACGUAAGUCUACGCUGCCCCCCGCUGAUAACAUGAAGAAGAGGAGCUCAGAGAAACGGCGCCAUGUGGUCGCGUGGGUCAACAAAGCGGAGUGGGACCAGGUGCUGGAGUACCUGUACUCCAAGGACUCCUCCUUACAGAGGUACGCGCUGCACAGGAUCUCAGCCUGGAGGUCCAGGUACGCCAGCAGCUGCCCUGUGGCGGUGGACUGCACGGCGGACCUGGUGAGGAGUCAGGUGCUGGACCGGUCGGGACAGCUGGAGGGAGAUGAUCUGGUCCUCCUCUACGGAGCAGCGCUGGUGCGAUUCGUCAAUUUGAUCACCGAGAGGCAGCAGGGAAAAACGGCCCGACCACUGAGACGCCUGGCGGGGAACCUGAACAUCCCAGAGUGGGUGGUAAACCUGAGGCACGACUUCACACACCGCAAGCUCCCCACUUUGAAAUGGUGCAGAAAGGGCUGUGGCGUGGUGCUGGACUGGCUCCAGCACGAGUACUGGUCCAGGCAGCUGGGAGGAGGGGCUGGUGAGGACUGGGACUCGCAGUCUGAUGGAGAGGAUGAGGAGAUGGACCUGAGACGCCAGGAGGAUGACCUCAUCGCAAGGCAGAAAGAAAAGGAAGCCUACAAGACAGCAAGGGAGCUGCUGAUUUCUUUUGAAAAGGAGCAGUACCAUGCUAUUAAUGGGCUUCCUGGAGACGCAGAGAAGAGCCUGUGGCCAGCGCCCUUCGCAGACAUGAGCUGGUUACUAGGUGAGAUCAAGCAGUUUGCUGUGGAGUCAAGUGAUUUGCUGAUCGACGUGAUGCUAGAAGAUGGAUUCCUGGUUCCGACCGUUGAACAGCUGGAAACAUUAGGCUGCGACACUUCUGCCAGUGCCAGUCCCACUGAACCCAAACUCCACCGCGCCCUCCUGCGCUUUUGGCUGCCUCUCCUGAAGAUGCUCAACUCAGAAGCCUUCAUUCACCUCCUCCUGGAGAAGCUCUUUGUUGAGCUGAAGCUGCUCACGAAAGAGUGGAAUGAUCACAGGGCUUUCUACCUCUCUGCUUGGAUUUCUGAAGUCAUCCACUGUAACAACAACAAGUUCGAGUACCACUUUGAAACAAAGGGCCAGAGGAAGGCCAGAAUCAAGGACAGGAUUUUUGUGCAACGUAUCCAGCUGAGGUGGCAGCAGGUACUCUCAGCCUGUCUGGACGCUCCCUGUAUCAGCACGCCUCACCUGCUCCAGUUAAUCCUGGAUGACAUGGAGCAUCCGCUCCCCCAGGAAACCAGACAUAAGCUGUUCCAGCUCUGCUCCAUCUACACGCAGACCGCACACUCAAACUACGACCCUUCUCCGGAGCAGAAACAGCAGCCCAUAUACACACUGGAGAGUCUGCACGAGAAGCUGCAGCACUCACGGCACCACAGCCACCCCUGGCGCUCCAGGGCUGACCCAGAGCGGAUUGAAGCUUUCCAGGAGAACAAAUCGGCCGAUGCUAUGGCCGAAAGAGCGAAGCUGCUCAGAGGUUCUCCGUGGCAGCUGUGUGUGGAUAAAGUUUUGUGGAAGAAUUAUCCUCUGGGUAAAAUCCCUGGACAGUCAGAUGACCCCUCCGGCCUCAUGUUGGAAAACUACUCAACCAUGACUGUGUUUGACCAGCCGGUGGAGCUGGAGAGUAACACAGCCCACAGCGCCCCGGGAGUGUCUGCAGCAGUGAGGACAGCAGAUGGUGUUCUUUGGAACCACAGUGAUGUUAACAGACUGAAAUCUGGACUGCAGCUAUUUUGAACUGUGAAAUCCAGGCUGUCCACUGCGGGCACCACGGAAUCUGAGCUCUCUGUUUAGUUUUGACGUUUGUAUUUUCCAAGAGUCAAAGCAACAGAGUUCCUUUUGGGACGAAACAAAGCUUUUUAAGCAAAUGUUCACUGGUUCCAGGUUCUUACAUGUGAGGAGUUACUGCCUUUCUCUGUUUUCUCAUUUGUGACUGCAACUAAUGGCUGUUUUCAUACUAUUAAAUGCUAAUUAUCUCAAGAAAUAUUAAAAAAUGUCCAGUAGUUCCCAGAGGCCUUUACUUACUUAAUCUGACCAACAGCCCAAAACUCUAGAUGUAUUUACAAGUUUCUAAAGUUUUGCACACAAGACAUGUCAAAGAAUAGAUGAUUCAUUAGCAGAUUAAUAGUUAUUAAAAAUAACUUAGUUGCAGCCUUAAUGAAAGCCUUUAUAAAACCUUUGUCAUAUUGGAUUUAGUCUCUGCAGUAUUUAAGACUAUAACUCAUGCAGAAAUUCAACACACCCUAUGAACCGUGUGGUAAAGACAACAAAGUGUUACAGAGUUGGGAUGUGAUGAAUUCAUGUUGUACAGAUACAUUUUUCUUCCUUUUACAUCUGCCAUUCAAGUUAACCUGCUCUGUUCAUACAGUUGUUGGUCUGUGGGGUUUUGAAAGACUACAUCUUGUGUUGUGCACCUGUGUUCAAUAAAAACUUCUCCCCUUAAGAUUGUGUUUUACUGAAU